UGCUGGGGAGCAUUUUCAGCCUGUAAGAGGACUGCAGUCUAGAUUAUCUCAGCAUCUCACCCCACUCUCAGCAGUGGUAUCAACAGACUGCUAGGCUGUCGCUUGGAUCCUUUUAGUACUGUUGUAUAAGCAAGUUAUAAAUUACCUGAAUUACUCACAGUACUUGCAGAGAAAGCUCACAAUUACUGUCAGGAAUUUUAGGAAAAGAAGAAACAAAUUGGCAAUGCCCAGGAGACAUUAAGAUAAAAAUGAGCUUAGAAGGAACCUGGAACCAAACAAGCAGUAUUCCAGAUUACGAAGAAAGAGAGGACCCAGUGUGUUGAGGGGGCCACCCUCCUUCACCACCUCCGGCAGCAUUCUCACCUGGGGAGGUGGGCUUUUCCUCCACGGAGUUCAAGGUCACAAGUGAACCGAGAAAGCCCGUAUGCGUUCUGAGGUUGUUUCAGCCUUCACUGAAAUAUAAUAAAGGCGGCAUACCAGAGAAGGGCAAUGUCAAGGGUGUCUUCCACACAGUUUUAACAUUAUUGCCCCCCAGCUGCAGUUUGUGUUGCUUGGAAGUUUGUCUUUCUUUGGGUCAGAUACUAAUACACACUAGGAAGCUAGUACCUUGUCUAGUUUGGCUCUGUGCAAAUAUGCUGUUAAGAUUUUUUGACUGAGUAGUUGAUGCAUGUUUUGGACAACUCUGACAUAGAAUUAAGGGAUGUUGUGUUGUGGAUUUUUAUAUUUCCCAGGGAUGUUUUUAUUUAUUUAUUUAUUUAUUUAUUUAUUUAUUUAUUGGCUGUGUUGGGUCUUCGUUGCUGCACACUGGCUUUCUCUAGUUUUGGUGAGUGGGAGCUACUCUUCGUUGUGGUGUGCAGGCUUCUCAUUGUGGUGGCUUCUCUUGUUGCAGAGCAUGGGCUCUAGGCAUGUGGGCUUCAGUAGUUGCAGCACAUGGGCUCAGUAGUUGUGGCACACACGAAUUUAGUUGCUCUGCAGCACGUGGGAUCUUCCUGGCCCAGGGAUCGAACUCGUGUCCCCUGCAUUGGCAGGUGGAUUCUUAACCUCUGCGCCACCAGGGAAGUCCUCCCAGGGAUGUUUGGAAUAGCUUUAUUCUCAGAUUGUUUUAAACCACCAUUGAAGUGGCGUGGUCAGCAUUAUUUUUGUGAUCACUUUCACGUAGGACUUUUGUAUUGAGGAGGGUAUGACGGCAGAAAUUAAUUCCUCCUUCACAUGCCUUUAUAAUCUGCCCUGAGGGCACCUGUUGUAAAAUAGGGUAGAAUCUGAACUAUUGUAGAACUCUAGGAAAGAGUCCUGAAUUGACAAUUAAAAUCAUCGCCAAGUUGACAUUUAGAUUUUAAGAACUAUAUCUUUUAAAAUAUUUUUGUAGGAAAAAAAUGUGCCUUUGGUAAUGUAUAGAUAAACAGAAGGCCUGUGUUCAGAUCCUGAGUAAAGGAGGGUGACACGGUAGGUGACUGUAGUCCAGAAACUACUAGAUUCUGCCCUCUGACCUGAUAAGGGAGUCUCUCUCUGCCCUCACAACACUGUGCUCAGCUUGGACUUGCCGUGAAAUGCAAUCUUGGUAACGUAAUUUAUUACCACAGUUGAAACACAAGCUGUUAAAACAAUUCACUUAACAUUGAAAGACGGGCUCUUUCUAGUCUAUUCAUAUUUCAUAGUAGAACCUGUUUGAAGUAUAGUAUUAGCACCAUCAACACAUACUUUCAUGCUGGAAAUUAGAACCUCCUCGACCCCUAGAUCAAAACAACUUGAGGAGUCGUUUGGAUGUGACUGGGUGUAUUGAGGAUUUUAUCAUUUUAUUUCGGUAAUUCUUUCAGUAGGCAACGCUUUUAAGAGUUUGCCUUAACAGAACAAUUAAGCUUUAUCCUGAAAAGGAGACUUGCCAUUUCAGAAAUAAAAGUAAUUCAAUAUAUUUCUGAAUGGUAUUUUAACAUUCGGAAACAAUUCACUUAACAUGAAGAGAUUUUCUCUUCAUUCGUUCAGCAAACAUUUUUUGAGUGCCCUGCGCGUGCUGGGCACCCCUGGGGCCGGAGUGUGAGCUGUGGACAGAAUAUGGAAUUACACGCCUGUUUUUCGGGGCAAACACCCUGGUGCUGCCUGUUGGUAAGAAGGGCUGGCAGGGUCCUGCGGCGUUGUGCUUCUCUCCAGCUCGUCUCUUGCAAAGAAAUGCCCCCUUUGAGCCUGAGCUGUCCAGUGCGAGAGCCGCGAGCCCCAGGAGGAGGGCGGCCCGUCCAGGCAGAGAUGUGCUGGGAAGGUCGGCACCCGCCACAUCUUGGAGGCUUGGUGCCAGAAAAGGUGUGGAAGCCCUCAUCGGCAGGUGGUUAUUGACCACGUGUUCACAUGAAAAUGCUUUGCGGUGUUGGAGCACAUAAACGUCAUAAAGUCCACUCCUGCUCGUCUUCACUCUUGUUGACGUGACUACGAGAAGCUUUUAAUGUGCACGUGUGGCUGCUGUUCGUGACCUGCACUGCAGGCCUGUUGGAUAGCCGCGCUCUAAGGAUCAAGUUUAUUUUUCAUAAAAUCAAGGUUUGCUGUCAUUAGGUCAAUGUUAUUGUUAGAAAGAUCACUAGACCUUCUCAGGGAAAACAGAGGACGCUGUGCUGCUAGUGUUGCAGUUCUGUUACAGAAACUUGAGUACGCGUGUGAGGUUGAAGUAACCGACAUCUUUCAAAGCAUCUGAUGUUUGUUUUUUUUUCUUCCCCCAUGGCUCUCCUGUCUGAACCUCGGCGACUCCUCACAAAAUAGUACGCACUUUUGGGGCCCAGUAGCCAACUGGGGUCUUCCCAUUGCUGCCAUCAAUGACAUGAAAAAGUCCCCAGAGAUUAUCAGCGGGCGGAUGACAUUUGCCCUCUGCUGUUACUCGCUCACGUUCAUGAGAUUCGCCUACAAGGUGCAGCCUCGGAACUGGCUUCUGUUCGCCUGCCACGCCACAAAUGAAGUAGCCCAGCUCAUCCAGGGAGGACGGCUGAUCCGGCAUGAGAUGUCUAAGAAGGCCUCGGCGUAACCACGGCAAAUGAAGAACCGGCUUUUGAAGGGAGGCAUUGCCAGCUGCUGCGGCUGAGUCGCAGGUCACAUCCUCAUCCUCGUGAAUGGUCUUGCGGAGGAAAAUAUGCAGAAUGCUGUUUUUACUAAGCAGGCUACUUUUCUAGAAAUAGCAGAGCGUUCCUAACCCUACUCUCGCUGCCUUACAAGUACUGAAUAUUUUACUUCUCUUCAGAAAGAGCAGCUCAAAUAUGCAAUCAAUUUAAUAAUUCCCAGGGGUGGUUUUAUCUGCAGUAACAUGUAUAUUAUCUAUUAGAAUUUACUUAAUGAAACAACUGAAGAGAACAAAAUUUGUAACCAUUAGCAUGUAAGUUCUCAGAAAUCACCUUUCGUUUAAUGACCAUGAGACAGCCGACAGCUGAACUCGCAUUGCCAGUGUUUGGAAAGGUAUUUGUAUUUCCAUGCAGUGUGUAUAUUAAAAUGCUGUAAAUUAAUGGCAAUAAACGACUUAAAUAUUUGUCAAA